AACCUUUUGAAAGUUAAGAGAAAAAAACCAAAUAUAUCGAUAUAAAUUAGUCUUUAAAAAGUCGGUAACAACGUAUUUGAGCGCUUAUUUGUUAAUGGAAAUACUCGAAUGUAUAUAUACGGAUAUAAAGUGCUCUUAUUCAUUGGCUUUUUAGUGUUAAUAUUCGAAGCAAUGAAAGCUACCUUGGAAAAAUUCCUAGACAUCUUUCUGUUCAAGCGACAAUAAAAACAAGAUACAAGGGCAGACCACCUAAGACUUACCUAAGUUGAUCCGACCAACAGUUGGACUCUCACAAUGUCCGACAAACGGCCACUGUUGGACACGAGUGACAUCGAAUCGGAGAAGGACGGUAUUAUGGGUGCCAAGGAAUCAUCCUUGUUGAUGACUGGGAUAACAUACAAGUCCACAACUGUUGCUCCUACAGUUGUCUGGUAUGGCCGACAAUUACUGGUCCGUCGCAAGCUAUUCGUGGGAUUACUUGUGGUAUUCAUAUUCUCCUAUUUUCUAAUCGGUCCUGCUGAUGUGCUGGAUCUGGAUAACGUCGAUAGCAUCGUGCAGGUGCAUCAUCAGUCUAACGUAUUGGAUAGAGAAGUGGUGUCACAUUCAAACGAUCUGAAAGUUAAUCAGAAACUACUUUUGCCAAAAGGUUAUCUUGUAUAUAGCAAUCAGUGCAGAAUUGUGGACUUGGAUCCCUACAAACGGGAGGUGAUGCGACAUUUCAAACGUGUUUCCUAUAAGCCCUGCAAGCAACGUCUCCCUCUGACCCAAAUGCGCUAUGAUGACCAUACUCGACGUUACGUGCUGAGCAUUAAUUCAACGGCAUUUCAGAGCUAUCACGUGAAAAACGUGUUGAGCUGUUGUUACAUGGGCGUGGAGAGGGUCAGUGAGUCAAAUGUCAGCUAUACGCAUUGUGAGCACUUUAAGAGCAAAGCACAGAUUUCGAACACAACGGACAGUGUGAUUGUCAAGUGCUCCACGGAGAAGGGACAGAUCUAUAUUAAUGGACAUGCGACGAUUCCAGAGCGAUUGCAGAUACGACAAAGGCUGAAGCAAUGGAAGCGUCGGGAUCAGGGACGACGUGUGCCCAGCGUGCUCAUGAUAGGCAUCGACAGCAUCUCAAGGGUGAAUCUCAUCCGUGCGAUGCCCAAGACAGCACAGUAUUUGUACGACAACGAUUGGUUCGAGCUGGCAGGUUAUAAUAAGAUUGAUGACAAUACAUUUCCCAAUAUUAUGGCUCUCAUGGUGGGCUAUAAUCUGAGCAAUGCCAUGAAGUACUGUAAUCCCUAUGUCUCAGGUGGCCUCGAUAAAUGCGACUUCGUUUGGAAGCUGUACAAGAAGCAUGGCUAUGUGACAUCUUAUGGCGAGGAUGCGGUCAAGAUCAACACCUUUAAUUACCUAAAGAAGGGCUUUAAGCAGCCGCCCGUGGACUAUUAUUUACGUCCGUAUCUUUCGGCUGCGGAGAAGUUGCUGGACGGGAAUGUGGUGCUGGGCUUACCACAUUGCCUGGGCUUCGAGACGGAAUCGGAGCAUGUGUACAACUAUGCGCUGGAAUUUGCUCGACGCUAUCGCAACGAUAGCUUCUUUGGCUUCUUCUGGACAAACACGCACAGUCACGGCGACAUUUCCCAGACAAGUUCCAUGGAUGAUUAUCUAAAAGAUUAUCUGCAGCGUCUGUUGGCUCAGGGCACAUUGGAACAUAGUAUCGUUGUGUUCUUCAGUGAUCAUGGCCUACGCUUUGGGCCAACGCGUUCCACCUGGUCGGGUCAUCUUGAGGAACGACUGCCCUUUCUCUUCAUCUGGCUGCCACCAUUUCUGAGAGCCGAGCGUCCUGAAUUUGUGAAGGCGCUGCGUGAGAAUCGCAAUCGUCUAACAACUCCAUAUGAUCUUCACAUGACACUGAAACACAUACUCACUCUAUCGGGUCGCACUGGCAAACUGGAGACGCUGGAUGGCGCCAAAGAUUGUCCACAAUGUCAGAGUCUGCUGUUGCCCGUACCUCUCAAUCGCAGCUGCGAGGAUGUGGCAAUUGAGGAUCAUUGGUGUACUUGCUGGUCCUACAAGGCCAUCAAUAAAAACUCCAAGACGAUGCGACAUCUGGGCGAGCGUGUGGUGCAUUACUUAAAUGAUUAUGUGACCAGCUUUCGAAAUGGAAGUCUUGCCCAUCUUUGUCAGCCCCUCACGUUACAAGGCAUCAGUGCAGCCUAUAAAGCUCGACUCUCUGAUGACGAUCCAAGUCAGACACAAAUUUAUUGGCUUACAUUUUCUACCGCACCCAAUCAGGCGUUAUAUGAGGCAACGGUGCGGUACAAUAAGAGCUCGACAAGUGAGGAUAAUGUCCAGGUCACCGGAUCCGUGAGUCGACUCAACUCAUAUAGCGGAGAGGCCGAUUGCAUGAAUGAUUUUGCAAUCAAGAAGUACUGUUAUUGCCACCAUAAAAGUGGUUAAUUCUAGUCAGCUUGUUUUAGUUAGUAAAGACUCAAAAUUGAGAUUGCCCCAA